AAGAAAACUUAUAUUUUAAAGUGUGGUUUAAUUUUCCGACUCCUAGCUGAUCAUGGUCGUGAGCUAUUAAUUAAUUAUUAUUAAUGGCAUUUUCAUUAAUUAACUCAUAUCUCCGUCCAAAAGGCGCAUGGGCCCAAACCAACUUGGGGUUUUUCACUGCUGACUAUUCCCUACAUGAUGAAAAUAGUCUGAGUCGAAAAGCUUUUAAUCACCUCGAGAGGUUCCUUCGUCAGUCAUAUGAUUCAAUCAAUAACUGGUUUUUAUUUAUUCUUUUUAGCGUUUCUAAUUGUUCGGUAUGAUUUUCUUAAUGUCAAAAAAAAAAUGUUUUUCUUUUCACUAACAAUGCCAGAUUUCUUUUUCAUUUGCUCAUCGGGAUAAUACUAAACUAAUUUUACAAAUUUAUUAAGUAUCUAAGACAAAGUGAAAUCAAUUUUAAGUUUCGCACGAUUAUUGAUUUUAGCAUGUUUUUUUAUUUUUUGCAAGUUAAUUCUGCUGUAGCAAGAAAAUAACAAACAACCGACACGAUUAACCUUUUAUAAAAAGUUUUUUAGAAUAAUAGUAUUACUUAUUCACAAUUACUCUUCUAUGUAUUUUGUUUAAAUUUCUUGACUUGAAUAGUAACUGAAGUGAUGCAUCAACUGUGAAUUAUAAGAAAGUAAAAAUCUGACGAAAUAUUUUAAUUUUAAAAAGAUUUAAAAAAUCAUAGAUACAAACUUUAUUAUAAAACAUAAUAUUUCUAUUAUCAUUCUUGUUUCACAGUAUGUUGAAUAACAGUUAACCGCUGUAAUAAUUUCUCUUUGUAAGUUUUUCGUGCAUAAUAAAUCAACAUCUCUUUAAUUUAGAUAUGCUAUACUUGAAGAUGGUAGUUUAUUGAUUCGCGAAGCGUCAGCUAGUGAUAGUGGUAUUUAUACGUGUAAUGCAACAAAUAAAUACGGUUUUGAUAGUAGUAGUGGAACAUUAAAUGUGAAGCGAAAAACUCGAAUACAAACAAAGCCAGGUGAUCAAGAAGUUAGAAGAGGUUACUAUGCAAUAUUUCGUUGUACGGCUAUAGCUGAUGAUAGUUUAACAUACAGUAUUGAUUGGUACAAGGAUGGAAGAUUAUUAGCUUACACAGGUCGAUUUAUUAAGGAUACUGCUGAUCAAAAUACACUAAAAAUUGUUGAUGUUCAAUUUGAUGACGGUGGCUCCUAUAUCUGUCGUGCAAGUACAGAACUGGAUUCAGAUGAUGCUAGUGCAACACUUGUCGUUCAAGAUAGACCAAAUAGGCCAAGAAUAACCAGAGUAAAUUGUAGUGGAACAACACAAAAUAGUUUUGGACAACCUUUCGCAAUUGUUAAUUGGGAAGCAACCGGUGAUAACAAUGCUCGUAUUCUUUAUUACGAAUUACAAUACAAUACAACAUUUACUCAAAGUGAUUGGAUAUCUGUGCCUAUAGAACAAAGACGGGAAUCAUAUAAUGAAAUUCGAUCACAGGAUGGUUCAAUAAGACUGGAACCGAAAACAACAGUAUUUCGAACUACUCAUCUUCCAUCAAAUCAAAACGAUAUUCGUGUUAGUCUUUCGUGUUGGGCUAAUUAUACGUUUCGUGUUAUUGCUUAUAAUCGAGUUGGAGCAAGUAAUCCUAGUCCAAUAAGUGAGACAAUGUGUACAACAACAACAUGUCGACCACAACGAAAUCCAGUCGGUGUUAAAUCUUAUACAACUCAAUUUUCAUUUUUAACCAUUGAGUGGGAUUCAAUGCCAGAAAUAAAAUGGAACUCACCGAAAUUUUGGUAUGAAGUUGGCUGGAAACGAUUAGAUCAGCAACCGCCAGGUCCAUUUAGAACGUUAAGAAUUGAUCCUCCGCAAAAUAUCUUAGUUGUGCCUGAUGUUGUUCCCAACGUUCGAUAUCAAUACUAUGUUAAAGCCUACAAUCAACAACCUGGAGAAACAAAUGGUGGAGAUGCAAAUGAACCGAUUACUUAUCAUACAGCAUUUUCUGGAGAUUCCGCACCAUCAUACAUUCCAAGAAACUUUCGUGUUAUAAACGUAUUCGAUGCAACGACAGUUCAAUUUGCAUGGGAUCCACCAAUAUUAAUGGAUGAACCAAACAUCCGUGGCACUCUCAAAGGAUAUCAGAUCGAAGUAUUUCGUGCGGAUGAUCCCGAUAAUUCUUUACGUAUCACUCGUGAUAUUUUACCAAAUGCAACGAUGACUACUAUUUUCAAUGCACCACCAAAUUCUGAUGUUUUAGCAAGAAUCAGAAUUGAAACAGAACGAUAUCUUGGGCCAACUAGUCCGACGGUUCAAUUUCCAACGCCUGAAGGUCGACCAGGACCUGUAACAAAUUUAAGAGCUGUUCCAUAUAGCGGUAAUGGUAUUUAUUUAUUUUGGAAUGCACCGGAUGAGCCAAAUGGACAUAUUGAAGGUUAUCAGAUUGAUUAUAAAACAAUUGAAAGUAUUGUUGCUGAACCUGGGAAUGAUUUUCCAUCAAUUGAUAUUCGAGAUGAGUUUCGUCGAAAUUAUUUAUUAGGUGGUUUAAAACCGAAUAUAAAAUAUCGUAUUCAAGUAAGAGCUCGAACAUCUCGAGGUUUAUCAGUAUCUCCAGCAAUAAUUGAAAUAACAACAAAUCAAAGUUUAGUUCCAUCGAAGCCCUCGUUUGUUAUAUCAGCAGUAGGAAACACAUUUUUCAAUAUAUCGUUUAAUCCAGAUACAAUGGCUGUGCCAGGCAGUGUAUUUUUUGCACGUUACAAAGAAAAUGAUAAAGACGGUCAAGCGAUAUACAAGAAAACUUAUGACGUUACAAAUGAACGUACAAUAGUGAUUUCUCCGUUAGAUCCAGGUCGUGACUAUUUCGUAUUUCUGGUUGCUUCUGAUGGAAUUAAAAGUGAAGUGGAGAGUGAUAGACAAUAUAUUAGAACAAGAGGAAUGGAUCCUGGUACGAAUAUUACGAAAUCAGCAUGGUUUAUCGGUACAAUUAUUUCACUUGUGGUAUUAAUUAUUAUUUUGGCUGUUGUUUGUGGAGUGAUGAGAAAGAGAGGUGGAAAAUAUUCUGUUCAAGACAAAGAAACAUUACAUGGUCACGACUAUGGUCAAGAUGAUGGGAAAUUUUCAGAAUAUUAUCGAGCUCCAAGUGAUGCAUCAAUUAAAAAGAGUACAACAUCAUUGGCUGAUGGGCGCCAAGAUGAUGAUCGGGAUUCAAUGGCCGAAUUUGGUGAUGGUCAAGAUCGACAGUCUCGUUUUGCUGAAGAUGGAUCGUUUAUUGGACAAUAUGGCAACGAUGAUAAACGGCGAACGUAUCUUGUAAAAUAUGAUGAAACAAAUGGGGAACAACCGCCCUAUUCAACUUCUGUUUCUAAUAAAAAAGUUGAUUAUAAAAUUGAACUGUUAUAUCUGAGGUGUAAACAAUGUCGUCAAAUAAUCGAGUCGGAUGAAUCAUAUUUGUAUGAUGGUGAAACAACGGUACAUAUUAAUUGUUAUAAAUGUACAAAUUGUGAUAAUUCAUUAGCCGGUCAAUUUUAUUAUCGUUUUACUGAUCCAAGAAAUACCAGUGUAAAAGGAACAUAUUGUGAGGCAUGCUAUCUACGUAUAGUACCAAAAUGUUUCCAUUGUUUACAAAUAAUUGACGAUUUAUCAUUGACAUACGGAGAAAAAAUCUAUCAUAUCAAUUGUUUUCAAUGUGAUCUAUGUAGAGACCCAUUUAAAGGUACCCUACUGUAUCCGUAUGAAAAUAAAGUAUAUUGUGCACAAUGUUUUCGCACUGUACAAAAAGACUUUCGUCCAGCACCGACGAAUAUAUUAGGUCAAAAAUGUAAUGUAUGUCGUGUUAAAUUUGAACCUGGUGAACAAAUAACAAAACAUGAAAUUUCUGAAAUAAAUGAGACACGUUUUAUACACAAAUCAUGUUUUGUUUGUGAACUAUGUCAUCGCUCAUUAGCUAACUUGACCUAUUACACACCAAAUAAUCAUGAUGAACAAUUGUCAGCCGAUCACAUUACAUUUCAAUGUGAAAAAUGUCAUAGUGAAUCGAAUGACAUUUGUUCAAUUUGUUUCAAAAUUUCUGACAAUACAAUGGUAAUAAAACAAAGUAAAAAUUAUUUAAUUUAA